CUGGGUAUCUACAUGCAAAAGGAGGAAGCUGGACCUGACUUCACACUGUGUGUGAGAAAUUAAUCAAAAUGCACCAAAGACCUGAAGUAUAAAAUUCCUAGAGAACAUAAGCACAUAUUUUCAUGACUUCAGAUUAGGCAGUGGUUUUUUAGGACACUAAAAGCGCAAGGAACAAAAGGAAAAAUAAAGAUAAAUGGAAAUACAUUAAAGUUACGGACUUUUGUGCUCUAAGGGAGAACCUCAAGACCAUGAGAAGACACUCACAGGAUGGGAGGGAAAGAAAUUUUCUUUUCAUAUCCUGUGUCUGAUAAAGGACUGGCAUUUAGAUAUACAAAGAACUCUUACCAGUCAGCAGGAAAAGACAAACUCCAAUUCAGAAUGAGCAAGGGAAUCUGCAUAGAUGUUUCUCCAAAGAUACACAAAUGGCCAGUGCGUGAAAAGAUGCUUGAAAUCAUUAGUCAUCUGAGAAAUGCAAAUCAAAACCACAAGAUACCUCUUCACAGCCGCCAGAAUGUGUCAAACUAAAAGGACAGAUAGUAGCGGAUGUUGGUGAUGAUGUGGAGAAUUUAGGAACCGUCAUACACUGCUGGUGGAAUGUAAAAUUGUGCAGCCACUUAGGAAAAGUCUGGCAGUUUCUCAGAAGGUUAAACACAGAGUUACCAUAUGACCUAGCGCUUCCACUCCUAGGUGUGUGCCUAAGAGAAUGGAAAAUAUAGGUCUACACAGAGACUUUUACAUGAAUGUUCAUAGGAACAUUAUUCAUAACAGCCCGAAAGUAGAAACAGCCCAGUGCCCGUCAGCUGAUGAAUGAACUAACAAAAGACGAUCUGUCCACACAAUGGAAUAUUAUUUGGCCUAUAAUAAGGAGCAAAGUACUGCUGUGUGCUACCACCUGGAUGAACCCUGAAAACGUUAUGCUAAUUGAAAGAAGCCAAUCACAGAAGACCUCAUAUUGGAUGAUUUCAUCGAUAGGCAAUUUGCAGACCAGGCAAAUCUGUAGAGACAGAGAGUAGAUCCGUGGUUGCCGGGGCUGAGGGGAGGGAAAAUCAAGUGACUGCCGCUCAAGGGUAUGGGGUUUGUUUUGGGAAUAAUGAAAAUGUAGUAGAAUUUACUGUGGUGAUGGCUGCGCAGUUCUGUGAAUACAUUAAAAACCAUUACACUGUGUGCUUUAAAUGGGUGAAUCCUAUGGUAUGUGAGUUACAUUUCAAUAAAGUAGAAAAUACAACAACUUGGAUACCUUUUAAAUACCUACGCGCAAAUGGUUUGAUUCCAAAACAUACACCUGCCUUUCCAUAGGGGCUUCCGUAUGUUUCGUGUUCAAUUUGCUUUUUUGAGAGAGUGAAGAAGAGGUUACCUCUCACUGGGUCCUUCAUUCCUCCACGCCUUACCUGUGAGAGGUUUAAAGCUACGCUGAAGACACCGUCCCUGACCUACAGAGCCAACGCCAGUCAGCACUGGUGAAACUUCACCCAGCCGAGGGUGGCCUUCCCAUUCCCUGUCCGCGCUGUUUCUUCCGCCACCAGCCCCGCUUAGUUCCGGUAGUUAUCUGGGCCACUUGCCUGCUGGCGUCCAUCCGUUCACAGUCUGUUUCAAGUAGGUCCGAAAUCGGCCUGGUCCCCUCGCUCCUGCCGCCGGACUCCUUCAGUCGCAGGCGAGCUGCCUAACCGGUGGGCCUCCGCCGCCGGCCAAGUCGGGUGGUUCUCCCCUACCUGCCCCAAAGCGGGAAGGUAAUGGUAAUUCGGGAUUUGAAGGGCAGAGCCGAUAUGUACCGUCUUCGGGAAUGUCUGCCAAGGAGCUCUGUGAGAAUGACGACCUGGCGACCAGCUUGGUUCUUGAUCCGUAUUUAGGUUUUCAAACACACAAAAUGAAUACUAGCGCUUUUCCUUCGAGGAGCUCAAGGCAUUUUUCAAAAUCUGACAGUUUUCCUCACAACAACCCUGUGAGAUUUCGGCCUAUUAAGGGAAGGCAAGAGGAACUAAAGGAAGUCAUUGAACGUUUUAAGAAAGAUGAACACUUGGAGAAAGCCUUCAAAUGUUUGACUUCAGGCGAAUGGGCACGGCAUUAUUUUCUCAACAAGAACAAAAUGCAGGAGAAAUUAUUCAAGGAACAUGUAUUUAUUUACUUGCGAAUGUUUGCAACUGACAGUGGAUUUGAAAUAUUACCUUGUAAUAGAUACUCAUCCGAACAAAAUGGAGCCAAAAUAGUUGCAACAAAAGAGUGGAAACGAAAUGACAAAAUAGAAUUACUGGUGGGUUGUAUUGCCGAACUUUCAGAAAUUGAGGAGAACAUGCUACUUAGACAUGGAGAGAACGACUUCAGUGUCAUGUAUUCCACAAGGAAAAACUGUGCUCAGCUCUGGCUUGGCCCCGCCGCCUUUAUAAACCAUGAUUGCAGACCUAACUGCAAGUUUGUGUCAACCGGGCGAGAUACGGCGUGUGUGAAGGCCCUGAGAGACAUUGAGCCUGGAGAAGAGAUUUCUUGUUAUUACGGAGACGGGUUUUUUGGAGAAAAUAAUGAGUUCUGCGAGUGUUACACUUGCGAAAGACGGGGAACCGGUGCUUUUAAAUCCAGAGUGGGACUGCCUGCGCCUGCUCCUGUUAUCAAUAGCAAAUACGGACUCAGAGAGACAGAUAAACGCUUAAAUAGGCUUAAAAAGUUAGGUGACAGCAGCAAAAACUCAGACAGUCAAUCUGUCAGCUCUAACACUGAUGCAGAUACCACUCAGGAAAAAAACAAUGCAACUCCCAACCGAAAAUCUUCCGUCGGUGUGAAAAAGAACAGCAAGAACAGAACAUUAACGAGGCAGUCUCUGUCAAGAAUUCCAGCUUCCUCCAACUCUACCUCAUCUAAGCUAACUCAUGUAAACAAUUCCAGGGUACCAAAGAAACUGAAAAAGCCUACAAAGCCUUUACUUUCAAAGAUAAAAUUAAGAAAUCAUUGCAAACGGCUGGAGCAAAAGAGCGCUUCUAGAAAACUCGAGAUGGGAAACUUAGUACUCAAAGAGCCCAAAGUAGUUCUGUAUAAAAACUUACCCAUUAAGAAAGAGAAGGAGCCCGAGGGACCGGCUCCGGCCGCGGCAGCCGGCGGGUGCUUAACCAGACACGCGGCGCGGGAGCACCGGGCGGGCUCCGGGCGAGGUGCCCCGCCGCUGGGGCAUGGCACCCCCUGCGCCUAUACCACCAGGAGGUCCGCGCGGACGAGGACGACCCCGAAGGAGCCCUCUGACCUCCCGCUGGAUCCCAGCCCGUCGGACGGCUAUAAGAGCGGCUCGCCAGCAGCGGGCCCGGACGGCAGUGGUGGCGAACAGCCGGCUGCCCCGGCGCAGGAGGGGGACCUGUCCCCCGGGGCGGCGCCCAGCGGGGAAGCCAAGUGUCCGAGGAGUGACAGCGGCCUGUCGAAGAAGAAAUCACGGCAAGGGAAACUUGGGAAGCCGUUGGCGAAAGCUGAGGAACCUGCCGAGGGGCCGGACUCCCCUGGAGAAGCUGGCGUGGCGCCCGAGGUGCUGGGGGCCCCCUGCGAGCCGGCCGAGCACGGCGCCCCGGAACCCGCGUCCGGGGCCUACCCGGACUGGGCGCCUUCGCCCGGCGGCGGGCCGGUCGUCACGUCCGACAGCUUCAAGACGAAGGACGGCUUCAGAACUGCAAAAAGUAAAAAGAAGAGGCGAAUCACCAGGUAUGACGCACAGCUGAUCCUGGAGAAUAACUCUGGGAUCCCCAAACUGACUCUUCGGAGGCGCCACGACAGCAGCAGCAAGACCAGCGACCCGGAGAGCGACGGCAUGAGUUCCUCAAAGAUAAGCAUCAAGCUAAGCAAAGACCACGAGAGCGAGAACAACCUGUACGUAGCCAAGCUCAACAACGGCUUUAACUCAGGGGCGGGCGGCAGCGCCACGAAACUGAAGAUCCAGCUGAAGCGCGACGAGGAGGGUCGGGGGCCGCACCCCGAGGGGCUCCACGAGAACGGGCUGUGCUGCGGCGACCCUCUCUCGCUGCUGGAGUCCCGCAUGGAGGUGGACGACUACGGCCGCUACGGGGAGGAGAGCACGGACGAGCCGUCCUCCUCCGACGGCGGCGAGGAGGACGAGGACUACGAGGAGGACUUCGAGGACGACUUCAUUCCCCUCCCUCCGGCCAAGCGCCUGCGGCUGAUCGUGGGCAAGGACUCCAUCGACAUUGACAUCUCCUCCCGGAGGAGAGAAGACCAGUCUCUGCGGCUCAACGCGUGAGCGCGGUCUCCGUUUGGCCCCGGGAACCUCCUUUAAAGAAAUAAAAACCAGUUUCCGUCAGUAAGUCCUCCCCCGAGACCGCUGUAGCCGCGCUUCCCUGGCCUCCACUGAGCAGCGUCCUGCUGUAGAACGUGUACAGCCCGCUGACUCUCCCGAAGUCCGAUUUGUGCACAUUUUUAUUGUACUUUCUAAAUAGCCUUCCUACGUGCAAUUCUGAGUUAGAGGGAAAGCCCAGUUGUAAAAUAAAGGCUCCAGCGAAAUUGUACAGUGAUAGCGACUUUCCACACGGGACGUUGAAAACAAUAAUGUGGCUACACAAUUUUCUUUUUCCCUUUUUUUUUUUUUCCUCUUCCCUUUUUUUUUUUUUUUAACCAAGAGCAUCAACUGGCUCUUUAAUAUAUGACUAAACAAUAAUUUAAAACAAAUCAUAGUAGCAGCAUAUUAAGGUUUUCUAGUAUAUGCUAAUAUCACCAGCAAUGAUCUUUGGCUUUUUGAUUUAUUUGCUAGAUGUCCCCCCCACCUCGGAGUUUUGUCACUUUCACACUGUCCGCUGGCCCAGGUGUACUGUGCGUGGCCUUGCUCAAAAGAGCAAACCAUCGGUCGGGAGUCGAAUUGGUUUCUUUAAAAAAAAAAAAAAAAAAGUACAAUGACACGCGUGACCGCUCACUUUCCAGUACGUUGUCUGUACGAGAGCGCGGUGUGGAGGACAAGUUCCGAGUCCGUGUAUUUAUUGCUUGUCAUGUAAAUUAAAGACCUUGUAUUUAACACUUUUCGAUCCUUUUAGAUAAAAUUGUUCUUUGCAAGAAUGAUUGGUGCUUAUUUUUUCAAAACUUUGCUGUGAACAAUGUGAUGACAACAGGCAACAUUUAUCUAAUGAACUACAGCUCUCUUAAUUUGGGUCUUCAAGGUUUCUGUUGCACUUGUAAAAUGCUACAAGGAAUAUUAAAAACUCUAUUCACUUUAACUUAUAAUAGUUUAUGAAAUAAAAACAUGAGUCACAGCUUUUGUUCUGUGGUAACCUAUAAAAAUGUUUGUCUUUGAAAUUCAAUGUAAAGAACUGAGAACAAUGUAUAUGUUGUAAAUAUUUGUGUGUUGUGAGAAAUUUUUGUCAUAAGAAAUUAAAAGAACUUACCAGGAAGGUUUUUAAGUUUAGAAAUAUUCAUGCCAAUAAAAUAGGAGAUUAUAAAAUAUAUAGUUUUAAGCACUGCAUCAGUGGGAGUUCUUGGCUUAUGUUAGUUUAUGUAUGAAAAUAUCAAAGAUUUUUUGACUAUAUUAUCAGUUAAACGAAAAGAGGAGUCAGAUUUAAUUUGUUUUUUUUUUUAAGCACUUUGAGAAGAGAAAUUAAUUUUAAGUAACUUAAUGAGCAAAGUUUUGAUUACUACUUUAUGUUCAAUACCAACCUUUCAUUUCUCUGGAUUAUUUUACAAAUCAUUGGACAAAGAAUUUGGGAAUAUAAAACUGUAGCAGGUGUUUGACGCCAGUGGGUCUCCUUAUUUCUGGGAAAUGUGUACGUGUACUUUCAGAUAUACAGUGUUCCUGAGUAAGAUCGAUUUAGGGGAUUCGUGUAGUGUCUAUAGAAAAGUAGCCCAUGUCUUAAGAUAUUAAAAGGAAUCUGCCCGUAACAAAAAGUCCAGUGGAGAAAACCUCAAUGCUUACUCUUACUUUUGGUGAUUCCUGCUGGUUGCCAGGUUCUGGGGAACAUCCUUUAAACUGAGUCCCAUAAAACAAUGGCCAAUAGGGGUUCCAUGUAGAAAUUAAUAAUAUUCAUAAAAGUGUUUGCAAUGUAGAGUUUUUGUUUCUCCUCACGUUCUUUUAAGGAGUUACUCGUGUGGUCUUAACGUCGCCUCAUUCCCGUCUGUCCCAUGCAGGUCACCCCUCAGGUAGUGUGGAGGGCAGGUGCAGACCCGCUUCCCUGCCACAUCCCCCGCCCCCGCCCCUGCUCCGCGUGUGGUCCGUCCCCGGAUUCGAAGCAGAACAGUUCCCCCCGGUUCUGUCCCGAGGCCCUCAGAGCGCAUUGUGGACCACAUCUGUCCUCACAUUGUCCCUCGGGGGAGAAGUGUGAGUCUCCAGCCACUGAGGAAGGUCGAGCAUAGACUCCGUGUCUGGAAAGUACCAGAAAGCUGUGGGCCACCCCUUACACUCCCGCCUUAGUGUGGAGCAUGUCGAAGAGGUUCAGAGACUUAAGUCUCAGACCAUCUCCCGGAAUAUCAGCGACAGCCAUUUCAGGACUUUCCCCCUAAAGGGAAAAGUCACAAAAUACCACAUUUCUCCAUUUCGAAGCUUGAUUUUAGUAACUUAUUUACGUUUUUCGAGGCUGACCUUCCCCAGGGGCCCCAGCAGCGGAGCCCUGGGGUCGGGGUGCACAAACCUUUCAGGGAAACCUGAUUUCCAUUUUUCCAGGUGGGGGCCUCGGAGCUGCUCGGGCUCCGCCGUGGAACUUCCCUGUGUGCGAUGGCGAGAGCCACACACGGGUGACACGGUGACCACUUGGAAGAGGCUGCGUUCCAUACAACUUCAAGCUUGAGCUUGCGCAAUGAUUCGUAAAGAUUUUGGCAUUGUAAGAAUUAGGAGAUGAUCAUAAAAAUACAUGUAAAGUGUUCGAUUUUCAAUCAUUUUUCAAAUUACUGUUUUAAAUUGUUUUGCUGAGUUGUAAUACCUUUGAGAUACAAUGUAUUCCUUGUACUGAAAGAAUGAAAAAAAGGACUUUUUCAGCAUUUGAGGUAAGUUCUUUAACGUUUCAUUAAAAACAUUUUUUACAAAUAUUUUGUACAUGCACUUGCAGUAUUGAGGUUAAUCAUUUUAAUAAAUUCGGAAAUUGAAACAA